UUUUUUCCCUCCCCUCUCACUCAUUCCUUUGUCUUCCCGGGGAUUGGCAGGUUUUAUUAUUCCGCCUGAACAAGCCGGGGGCGGAUUGGCUGCGGCGGGCUGACGGGGGCGCCGAGCCGGAGUGUAGUUGGGAUUCUGCUCUGUCAGUAACACAUGUGUGAGGGCAGCGGGCACACGCGCACCGUGCGGGCACACACGCACUCGCAGCCUCACGCUUAGACGGGCACAAGGGCCGCCCCCCGCGCCCCGCCAGCGCCGCAGCCGCAGGAUCCCGGCAGCAGCUCCGCGCCCGGCCCCGCUCAAACUCGCCGGCUCCCGCCCGCUCCGCUGAGGCGCUCCGGCGGGCCGCGGCCGGCCGGCUCCGCGCCGCGGGAGGCUCGGGAGCCGCCGCAGCCCGGAGAGGGGGCGGAGGUGGGGGAGCGGGGGGGAAGCGGCACAAAGUGAAGCCACAUUGCCAAACUUGCCCGGCGAUUGCAGCAGCGAGCGGCGGCGGCGCCCUGCGUGUGCGGCUCAGCGGCGGGGACCGAGCUCUGCAGCUCCCCUCCCGGGAAGCGGGAGCUGGAGGAAGGACCCGGGCAGACGCCUCUCAUAGCAAUAUCUAUAUUUUUCCAGUCUGGGCUGCCCCUUGCCGGGCGGGGGGCUCCCUCCAGCCGGCGAGAGGGCGAGCGCUGCGCUUGUUUCUUUGCGAGAAGACCUCUUCAGGCACCCCGAGCGGCGCUCCCCGGCCUUUUGCAAUAUAGAGGGGAAGCAGGCCAUGGUGAACCCCGGCGGCAGCGCGCAGCCGCCCCCGGUCACGGCGGGCUCCCUCUCCUGGAAGAGGUGCGCCGGCUGCGGGGGGAAGAUCGCCGACCGCUUCCUGCUCUACGCCAUGGACAGCUACUGGCACAGCCGCUGCCUCAAGUGCUCCUGCUGCCAGGCCCAACUGGGGGACAUCGGCACCUCCUGCUACACCAAGAGCGGGAUGAUUCUCUGCAGAAACGACUACAUCAGGUUAUUUGGAAAUAGUGGUGCUUGCAGUGCCUGUGGACAGUCCAUUCCUGCUAGUGAGCUGGUCAUGAGGGCACAGGGCAAUGUCUAUCAUCUUAAGUGUUUUACAUGCUCUACCUGCCGGAAUCGCCUGGUCCCCGGAGAUCGGUUUCACUACAUCAAUGGCAGUUUAUUUUGUGAACAUGAUAGACCUACAGCUCUCAUCAAUGGCCAUUUGAAUUCACUUCAGAGUAAUCCACUACUGCCAGACCAGAAGGUCUGCUAAAAGGUCAGAGUAAUGCAGAAUGCGUGCCUUCAUCUCAAAUUUUGUUCAUCACAGAUGGAUCCCAUGUCUCCAAGUAGACAAGUCACCUUUGUAGCUAGCAUCAAUGCCAGCUCCAUACCAUUGCACCUUCUUUAUUCUUGAUUGCCCUUCCCACAUUUAUUGGUGUAUUAAAAUGACUGAAUAUGAACAUUAAGGACUCCAUGAACCUGGGCUAAUGGGAGACUGUAGAGAAAAUGAAAAAAGAUCCACCGGAGGACAUCUUGGGGGGGGGGGUGGGGGGGUGGGGACGAUGACUAAUGAAGCUAAUUAAAAGCAUUGAAAUCUGCUUUCUACCCUCAUUAACAAUUAGCAGGGCACUGGCCAGUUUGUACCCUGUGUUUUACCUUAACAACAUUCUAUUUGCUCUUUGUAUAUUUAAGUGUUGUAAGGAAAUGUGUUUCAAUCAAACUGAACAUGAGAUAAAGAUGUGGCUUUUGUGAUAUUCUAUCACAAACACUUUUAUUGUAUCUCUGUAAAAUACAAUGUAUGUAUGCAUGUAAGUGUUUUUGUCCUAAUGUUGCUACUUCCCAUGGCAAAAAAAAAAAAAAAAAGAAAAAAGUCAGGCUCAUAGCAGCUACUGUGUAGAAAUUUUCACCUACUUCUAAUUUGCUGAAUGAAGAAAAAUCUUUUAUUUGUGAUAUUUUCAGAGACAUUUGCUCUAGUAUGGUGUAUUUAAAUAAUAAAAAGUAAAACAAAACUGAG